UUUUCCUAUUGUUUAUAUAUAUGGAACAUCAAAUAACUUGUCUUUUAGGAAUUAGGGUUUCCUUUUUUAUUAUAUUAUUGAGAUAAGAGGUGAAGAGAGGUGGGUUGCAUAUGACAUAUUGAUGAAUUAAUAUUGUGUGUCAUUGUUUGAUAUGAGAAAGAGAAAGUGAUGAAUGAAUUCUCAAAAGCAGCCUUUGGUAAAAGUUUUGGUAAACAGCCAAAGUGAAUCUUGCAGUUAAAAGAAGGAUUCCAAUGGUCCACUUGCAGCCUUAUGUUGAAUUGGUUUCUGCUCCUGUCGGCUUCUCUGGAAACCGGGUCGGCAGUAUAGAAUUUGGUAAAAUUUUUUCAAUGCCCAAGUUUAUCAAUAAAGUGAAAGCUUCACUUCAAACUUCAAACUUCAAACUUCAAAGCCUGCUACAAUUUGUAGCCUUAAUUUCUACUAAUUCUUUCUAGCUAGAAGUUGAGAUUUCAACUUCUAAAAAACAAGAAGCAUUUAAAUAUUUGACUUGGCUUUUAUUUUUUGGUGGUGGGUUAUUGUCACACUUU